CAAUCGAUUUGGAUCAUUUAAAUCAAAACAAAACAUUUGGAAAUAUGCGUCUGACGUUGACCCGCCUUGCCGCGCUUACGCCAAAACUGAAGGAGCUGCGCAUCGUAUUGGAUCCAACCGGCGAUGCCUCCAAAGGAGCAAGGGAAUUUGUGCAGAAAUUCUAUCCCAAUCUGAAGAGAGACAACCCCAACCUGCCAAUCAUGGUGCGCGAAUGCGCCGGAGCCCAGCCACGGCUGUGGGCACGCUAUGGUAAAGGCAAGGAAAUAUCCGUGUCGCUGACUAACCGGGAGGCUCCAGACAUUCAAAAACAGUUGGAAGCGGUGGGCAAGUAAACGGAGACGCUUAACUAAAGGGAAACGAAACCAUUUCUAGGCGAUAUUAAAAUUCAAAAUAAAAACACCCAUCUCAUCCACUGUCGGCACAAAU